CAUUGAUUAUUUUAAGUAUCAUUUAUAUAAAGAAAUUACUCUAGCCUUUGUUCAGUAUUUUCGAGUUCCACACGGUACAGGUAAAAUCUUCACGAUGAAGACUUUAAUCGCUGUUGCUGUUUUAUUAUGCGUUUUAGCUCUUGUUUCUCCUUCAUUGUCAUUAUCUUAUGGUUCACAAGAUAUGGAGGAAAGGAAUGAUGGAGGAUUCAUGGACGUACUAAAAGGAUUUUCCGAUAUAUUAAAGAGUAUAAUAGGAUUAAUUGAAGGAACUGGAAAAGUCGAUGAUCUAACGGCAGCAAUUCAAAAGCUCUUUUAUGCUGUUGAAAAAUUGAUAAAUUUGCAAAAUUUACUGUCAAAAGUUCCAUUCGUUGGAGCAUAUCUUGCUCCAGUUGCUGGCGGUAUUGGAACAUUAAUGGCAGAUACGCCCAUGUUGGGUGGUUUAAUAUCAAAUUUACUAAUUGGACCGAGUGCUGCCGAUUAUCCAUAGACAUUUAAAAUACAGUGGUCAGUGAAAAAAGAAAGAGAGAAGGCAAUAUGUCAACCCAGAAGUAAAACAUAGGAACUACAAAACUGUAUUAAUCUGUUCAUUAAUUUUUUAAUAAACUUUAAAAUUUCAUACUAAAA